AUGGCCUCCAAAUCUCUUUUAUUUCUUUUAGCCUUUGUGCUCCUAGUUAGCACCCAGGUCAUGUCAACUGAAGAGGAAAUCUUCACACAGAACAAUCAACAUCAUCAUGCAAGCGCCCCGACUCCUGCUCCAGGACACUCGAAAUCACACUCACCCUCGCCGAAGAAGGCGCCCUCACAUGCACCCAAAAAGGCCCCAACUCAUCCACCAAAGAGAGCUCCGGCCUAUCCCCCUAAGAUGGCUCCGAUGCAUUCUCCAAAACACGCACCAACUUAUCCCCCAAAGGCAGCAGCUCCAGCAUAUGCCCCAACACAUCCUAACCACGGUAACUGCGUGGACUUGUGCGUAAAAUACUGUAAAAACGGGAAGCAAGCAAAGAGGCCAUGCGUGAAAACUUGUGUCCCUUGCUGCGACGUUCACAGGUGCGUGCCUGGACAUAACAAGAAAUGCGCCAAUUGGGGCCAACAAGUUCAUUACCACGGCCGACCCGUCAAUUGUCCCUGA